AUGGAGCCUGCGAGUGAGGAGGCCAUCCCGGCACCGGCAUCGGCAAUCCUGCCACAGCCACAGCUCUCCUCCCCGCAAGACGAUAAUGCCACUGCAAAGGCCGAUACCGAGAACGUCUUGAGUAACGGGAACCAACCCGAUGAUGACGACAACGCCGGCCCUGACACUGGUAACCCCGAUGAAACAACGCUCCCACAUCUAGACAGCGCAGCAUCAAGCUCCAAGUCCCGCCCCGUCUCCAGCGUCAUCCCACCCUUCUGGCAACGUCAUGAACGAUCUGUGUCUCGGGCAUCGCUGAGUUCGCUGGCGCAGAGCAGGAUUAUUCGGUUGGAGGAUCAUACGGCGGACCCGGACUCGGAGACUAGUCGGGGGUUAUGGGCGAGGAGUGUUGCCAUUGAUGAUCAUGUUGUUGUACAUGGGAAGAGUGGGGUGGGAUCUUAUGUUGUUUGGAAUUGUACGAUUCAGACUCUUGAUGGAGGUCCGAUUGUUGUUCGAAUGAGAUACUCCGAAUUCGACGACUUACGCCAAAGACUGGAAUCCGCCUUUCCCCAUGCUAGAAAUGCAUUACCCGCACUUCCACCGAAGAGUGUACUAUUCAAAUUCCGUCCCAAAUUCCUCGAAUCUCGACGCGUCGGUCUGGAAUAUUUCCUCAAUUGUGUCCUCUUAAACCCCGAAUUCUCCAGUUCGCCCAUCGUCAAGGACUUUCUCUUUGGUCGUUUGUCGUGA